GUCGCAUAUUUCCGGUUUUUCUAUCUCAGACGUAGGUGGUGUUUCUAUCUGUUGCGCGGUCGUGCCCAGUGCUUCCAGAGGAGGUUUUUUUUUGUCGUUGACGUUGUUGCGGUUCACUGUUUGGAAUCACUGAAGUUUCGGGAAUCGCUGCGGCUGCCAUCAACAUGUCGGUCCCAAGCGCACUCAUGAAACAACCGCCCAUUCAGUCUACGGCAGGGGCCGUCCCGGUUCGCAAUGAGAAAGGUGAGAUUUCGAUGGAGAAAGUGAAGGUAAAACGUUAUGUGUCGGGAAAGAGGCCAGAUUAUGCCCCUAUGGAGUCCUCAGAUGAGGAGGAUGAAGAAUUUCAGUUCAUUAAGAAAGCCAAAGAACAAGAAGCAGAGCCUGAGGAACAAGAGGAGGAUUCAUCCAGCGACCCUCGACUGCGGCGUUUGCAGAACCGUAUUAGUGAAGAUGUGGAAGAGAGAUUGGCUCGACAUCGGAAAAUAGUAGAACCUGAAGUGGUAGGUGAAAGUGACUCAGAAGUAGAAGGAGAUGCAUGGCGCAUGGAACGAGAGGAUAGCAGUGAAGAAGAAGAGGAAGAAAUUGAUGAUGAGGAAAUAGAGAGGCGCCGUGGCAUGAUGCGUCAGCGAGCACAGGAGAGAAAAAAUGAAGAGAUGGAAGUCAUGGAGGUGGAAGAUGAGGGACGUUCUGGGGAGGAGUCAGAAUCAGAAUCUGAGUAUGAAGAGUACACAGACAGUGAAGAUGAGAUGGAGCCUCGCCUAAAACCUGUCUUCAUUCGAAAGAAGGACCGAGUAACAGUUCAAGAACGGGAGGCUGAAGCAUUAAAACAGAAGGAGCUGGAGCAGGAAGCAAAACGCAUGGCUGAGGAGAGGCGCAAGUACACACUCAAGAUUGUAGAAGAGGAGACCAAAAAAGAGCUGGAGGAGAACAAGCGGUCCUUGGCUGCACUGGAUGCUCUCAAUACUGAUGAUGAAAAUGAUGAGGAAGAAUAUGAGGCAUGGAAAGUUCGGGAGCUAAAGAGAAUCAAGAGAGACCGAGAAGAUCGAGAAGCGCUUGAGAAGGAGAAGGCAGAAAUUGAACGAAUGCGAAACCUGACUGAGGAAGAGAGGCGAGCUGAGCUUCGGGCAAAUGGCAAAGUCAUUACCAACAAAGCUGUUAAGGGCAAAUAUAAGUUCUUACAGAAGUAUUAUCACCGGGGUGCCUUCUUCAUGGAUGAGGAUGAAGAAGUAUACAAGAGAGAUUUCAGUGCACCUACCCUGGAGGAUCACUUCAACAAAACCAUUCUUCCCAAAGUCAUGCAGGUCAAGAACUUCGGGCGCUCUGGUCGUACCAAAUACACCCACCUUGUGGAUCAGGACACCACCUCUUUUGACUCAGCAUGGGGCCAAGAGAGUGCCCAGAACACAAAGUUCUUUAAACAAAAGGCAGCUGGAGUACGAGAUGUAUUUGAACGGCCAUCUGCCAAGAAGCGGAAAACUACUUAGAGUUCAACUAUUUAUUCUUCCAGCUGUGAGACAUAGGGAUGUCUCAGUAUCUGGUCUUUGAUUUGCUUUUACCAUUAUUUACAUGGCCCCUGUAUCCAGCUUGUUGGACCUACUGCCAUACUUGGGACACUGGGCAAUCCAGUCUUUGAAGGUGCUUAGUGAGGUUUGGACUUAUGCUGAGAAACCCACAGAAAAGCACUAUCCAGGUAGGAUCAGAGGCCCCCCACUUAAAACCAUUUCUGAGAAAUCGUAGGUUUCAUGACUGCUCUGCCUUCCCAAAUUCACUUGGGAUUAUUCAGGUUUCUUUUUCCAGCCUCUUAGCUUGGGUUAGAAACAUGGGCAUGUAAGUGAACAGCCCUACUUUAUAAUAAAUUUAAGCUCACCGAUACCUGUUUUUGCAUUUUUGGUUGGAGUCAGUUUUUCUAGGUGAACGUAUUUUUUUAUCUAUUUAUGUGUAUGUGUCAAAUUAAAGAAUUACACACCAAGGGCACCUGGGUGGCUCAGUAGGUUAAGUGUCCAACUCUUGGUUUCAGCUCAGGUUGUGAUCUUGUGGUCAGGAGGCUGAGCCCCAUUCUGUGGUCUGCUCGUAGUUGGCUUCAGAUUCUCUCUCCCUGUGCCCCUCCCUCCUGCUCGAGUGCACACACACUCUCCCUCUCUCAUAAAUAAAUAAUAUUAUUUAAAAAAUCAUAUACCAAGAGGUUUCUUACGCUACGGGGAAUAAAAUGUGCAGGCUGACAAGAAUCUACCUAUUAAAUAGAAGCAGAGAAUUGGA